UGACAAUUACUCAAUAAACAAUGGAAUUUAUCGAUUUGAUAACCAUUCCUCGAGUCGACAAUGUUGUUCUAAUAAAUAGAACAAAAGAACGCACAAAACAAUAUAAAAUCGAAGGUACACUUUGUAUAAGUGGUCAUCAUCUUAUCAUUUCGGAUAGGCAAAAGGAUAAUCAACAAGAGUUAUGGCUUUUAUACAGAAAUAUCGAUGUUAUGGAAAAAAAAUUGUAUAAUCAAAGUCCAGGAGGCAAUAUUAUCUUAAAAUGUAAAGAUUUCAACAUCUAUCAGUUAGAGUUUACAUCUGUAAGUCACUUGCAUAAAGUUGCUGAAACAAUAGAAAAUUUAUCUUGCUUAGGACAAACUUACCAGUACCCAUUUUUUUAUACACCUACAUCUUUAAAUAUUUCUAAAGUACAACUCGAAGAUGGGUGGACAUUAUUUCAACCAAAUUCAGAAUGGUCUCAUCUAGUAACUGCUCACUGUGAUGAAUGGAGAAUCAGUCAAAUCAAUAAAGAUUAUAAAGUUUGCAGUUCUUAUUCUGCUGAGAUCGUAGUACCAAAACAUAUAGAAGAUGAAAUAAUUGUCUCAUCAGCUAAUUUUAGGGACAGUGGAAGAUUUCCUGUCUUAUGUUACAGACACGAUGGAGGAGGUAUUUUAAUCAGAAGUAGUCAACCUCUAUGUGGCCAAGUAGGCAAAAGAUGUCGGGGCGAUGAAAUUCUUUUGAAUGCCUAUUUAAGACCAGGCAAAAGAGGGGUCAUAGUUGAUACCCGCAGUUCAACUCAAGCUCAGAAUUCUAAAACCAAAGGGGGUGGUACUGAAAUAGAUGCAGCCUACCCUCAAUGGAUAAAAUCACACAAAGCUAUUCCUCGCCCUUAUGAACUAUCAGAAAGUUUUUCUAAACUUAUUGAAGCUUGCAAUGAUUUGAAUUGUUCUACAUCUAAUUGGUUAUCAAAAUUAGAUAAUAGUAAAUGGUUAACUUCGGUUCAAGAUGCUAUGAAUGCAGCAUGUGUUACUGCUCAGUGUCUGGAACAAGAGCAAACUGCUGUACUGGUGCAUGGUGGUCAUGGACGCGAUACAACUUUAUUAGUAACAAGUUUAGUACAAAUAAUUUUAAAUCCUGAUUGUAGAACAGUGAGAGGUUUACAAGCUCUUAUUGAAAGAGAAUGGUUACAAGCUGGGCAUCCAUUUUUCACUAGGACUCGACAUGGAGCUUAUUACACUUAUGGUCAAAAUUCACAGGACGCUCCAACAUUUGUACUAUUUUUAGACUGUCUAUAUCAAUUGCAUUAUCAAUUUCAAUUGAGUUUUGAAUACACAACUGAAUUAUUAAUUGAUUUUUACAAAAAUGCUUAUUAUUCCAGUUUCGGAACAUUUUUAGGUGACUCUGAGUCUGAGCGUUAUCGCUUGAAAAUCCCUCAAUUAACUACUAGUCUGUGGUCUUAUAUGAAUCAACCAGAUAUUUUGGAAAAAUAUAUAAAUCCUUUAUAUGAGGCCAAUCCUGGAAUAAUUUGGCCUAGUGUUGCUCCUGUAAGUAUUGAACUAUGGCGUGAACUCUACUUAGGUCACAAUGCUGCAGCACCUUGGAAUGGCUUACUACAGUGUACUAUGAAUAUUAAAGAUCGUCAAAUGGCCAUCAAGCGUACUGCAGCUGAAUUACAUCAACAAAUCAAAGUAACUCUGGAUGAAUCUGAUUUACUUGUACUUGAAAAAAAAAGAGAAACAAGUAAUGAUUCAGGAUUUGAUAAAAAAUUAGGAAUGGCUCAAUUGAGUCUUGAACAGACUCAGAAUACCUGAUAUAAUGAAGAUGCUAGGCUUAUUGCUAGGAAAAUUGUCUUCUGAUCAAAGGCCUCUACGCAUAGCUUAAGUGACAAAGUUUUCUAUGUGUAAAAUACAAAAACUAUACUAUCUGGAAGUUGAGACAGGAUUCUAUGCAAAGAAAUGAGUCCCAUUGAGUAGCAUUUUUUGGAUGUGAAUCGAGGAGCACGCUCGCGUUUGCUCUGGUAUGAAAUUUACAUGCAACCAAAUCCAGCAUAUUAUGGCCAUGAAAAUUAGUAGUAUUUAAUUCGUGCCUUUAAAAAUGACUGUACAUCAGAAAUAAAUUGCAUGGUUCAGGUGCAAGAAUAUUAUUUUUCUUUCAAAUAAUCUGCAUUCCAAUACUGUUACUACAUUUUUCAUUCAUAAUCAUUAUGAACUGUUAUGUGCAAUCCAAAGCUGGCAGAUAAUUAAAUUUAAUAAAUAUUAAUAAUUAGUAACAUUGUAUGAAAUUUUGUUGCCAAGAAUAUGACUACAGGGAAAAUUUUUAAAUUUCAUAUUUGAAAUCUGUUGAUAUUUUUUUUUCUUCAUUAAAUUGUCAAUAUUAUAACAGUGCAAAACAAUUGUGCAAAAGUUUAACAAAUUGAUUUAUUGUUCAUUAAAGACUUGAUUGUACUGAAAUGAUUUCUAAGAUUAUCAUACAAUUAAAUUAAUUUUUGUAUUUUUAUGAUUGUAACAAAUUGUACAUAAACUUGGCUUAGAUUUUUAAUGAUAAAGUGAACUUUUCAUUACAAUAAAAAUAUAUAGUGUAUAGAUAUUUUAAGCAUGAAAUUAAUUAUGUGUAAAGAUAUUUAUAGAGAGUGAAGGAAUUGCUGUUUAUAAUUAAAACUAUAACUACUUAAAAUGGGUCAAAUUAAUGUCAUCAGUUUUGAUCAAGUUGUAUUUUAAGAUAAACAUAUAAUAUAAUGAAUGUGCUUUUAUGUGCAACUUCAUUUGCCUGUAGUAUAUAAAUAUUAAUGGAUGUAAAAUUUUCCUGAAAAUAUACUUUUUAUGUGCAAUUCUCUUGAACAUGAUGAUUACUUAGUAUUGUGAUUAAUAUUUAUUUUGAGAGGGGGUAUAUUAAUUCGCCUGAAUAAUUCGAGGGCUAUCUUGUCGUUAUUAGUUUAAAUAUUUUUUCAUGAAAUUUUAUUAUAAAUUAAUAUGCUCAAAUUUUGUUCAAUUUAAUAUAGCCGUGAUAGGUAGGUUAAUAACAAUAAAAUCUUAUAAGCACGUAGAAAUUAGAUUGAAUACGCGCGUAAUUAGGCUUCGCGUCUAAUCUGUUAUUCAAAAUAACGGAACUAGUACUUGUACAUUCAACGCUCAGAUGCCUUAAAUUUGAAUAAGAAUAAUUCUAAAGCGCUCAUGAAAUUGUGAAAGAUCAGUUGAGUUAAAUUUUUUCGUUGUAAGUUCAUUGGUUUGAAACGCGUUCGUUUUUCGUUUGCACACCUUGCAGGUAAAUAGUAAAAUGUAAAGGAAAUAAAUAAAUUAUUGAAAAUGUUAGAUACGCAUGUAAUUUAGGAUAGGCAUAGGUAAGAUUAGGAGUACGGUUAGGAAAAAGUAAAACCAAGCCACCGAAAGGCUGGCGUUGCGAGCAAAAUACGGGUAUAAAUCUACGAUGAUAUAAUGGAGGGAGAGAGUCGGCUGUGAGCUAAGAUUUACACCGGUCUCUUUCUCUUUCUAAACUCCGACUCUAGUAUAUACGGAGGUGCUCGCACAAUUUUUACCGUUAUUCGGGGAACGUUGGGACUCGAAGGAGAGGAAAAAGAGAUAGAAAGGAUUAUGCUCGUGUGCAUAUAGAAAAAAGAAAGGACGCCGUUGAGAGAAAAGAUGGAGGAGAGAGAAACAGCUACUACUCGUGCAUUAUAUAGGCCCGCGCUGUAUACAGCCGCGCUCUAUAAGGCGAUCGCAUAGAUCCGUGCGCAUUAUCGCCAAGCUAUACACCUAUGUACUGUAUAUAGGGUAUCGCAAGCCGACUGCACACCACCGAGCGCGCGCGGGAGCCGCUUUGAGAAAAAUAAAAACCAGCC